AUAGUUCUUUGGUUAUGGUAAGACUUUUAUUAAUAAGCCCGAUGUGUGUGUUGUGACGCACUUCCUGCUGAGUGGAAGAGCGAGUAGAAGAUAGUCAUUCAUGGCGGGAGAGGUGUACCUGCUUUGGUUACUGCCGUUAUUACAGACGCUGGCGUCUUAUGGAGCGGAGCUCUCCUCUGAGGCCUGCAGGGAGAUGGGCUUCUCCAGCAAUCUCCUGUGCAGCUCCUGUGAUCUCCUGGGUCAGUUCAGCCUGGGCCAGUUAGACCUGCCCUGCAGGCAGUGCUGCCAAGAGGAGGCUCAGCUGGAGUCAAGGAAGCUCUAUCCAGGAGCCAUCCUUGAGGUCUGUGGAUGAAAAUUGGGGAGGUUCCCUCAAGUCCAAGCUUUUGUCAGGAGUGACAAGCCAAAGAUGUUCAGGGGUCUUCAGAUCAAGUAUGUGAGAGGCUCAGACCCUGUGCUAAAGCUGCUGGACGAUAACGGGAACAUUGCGGAGGAGCUCAGCAUCCUCAAGUGGAAUACAGACAGCGUUGAAGAAUUUCUUAGUGAGAAGUUAGAACGAAUUUAGACUCACAGUUUCAUAUUUGAAGUCCGAUUUUCAACUGAAUCAAAGGAAAGUACACACAUCAGUUUGUGGUUUGAGUUUAAGUGAUCAGGACAUACUGUUUUUUUUUUUGUUUUUU